GGUGCUUGCAGCGUCGUCGAGGGUAUGUCAUCGUCGGCAUCGCAGAGUCCCGACAUCGCGUGCGCGAGCCUCCCGCUGGAACUACUCGGGGCUGGCGCGCUCGGCGUCAAGCAGGAGGUGGAACAACACCAUCACCAGCAUCAGCAUCAGCAACACCAGCAGCAGCAGCAGCAGCAGCAGCAGCAUCAUCAGCAGCAGCAGCAGCAGCAGCAACAACAGCAACAGCAACGAGGCGGAGGCGGUGGAGGUGAACAUCACCAGCAUCACCAUCACCACCACCACCACCAUCAUCACCAUCAACAGCACCUCGUCGCUGCCGAGGAUCUAUCCUCGUCGCAAGAAGCCUCAAACGCCGUCGCGUGUAGCAGGGCGACCAGCAGCAAUCCCCGUGAAACGUUGUCAGUUAUCGUGCCACCCCAAGACGUCGACGUUGAUUCCCGCGACGACGCCGAUUCCGAGCUACUCAGUCCCGGCAAACUCUCACCGACUUCCGGUAUAAGUGUCUCCGUAGCUAGUAUGAUCGACGCAACCGACUUCAGGGCAAUGCAGCCCGAGCCUACUUACCAAACACUUACAUCGGUCGCCGAGAGAAUGUCUCCGCCUGGAUUCAGUCCUGGAUCCUCUUACGCCACGUUGACGCCGCUCCAACCUCUACCACCGAUAUCAACGAUGAGCGACAAAUUUGCCUACAGCCACGGCGGUAGCGGGGUUUCCGGUAGCUUCGCCGUUAUGCAAAAUAACGGUCUUGCCAAUAUUGGCCUCGGAAUGGGUGGCUCGCCUUACGCUUACGACAAAUUACCCUCAAUGGGUAUGUCACCACCGCACAAUUAUCCGUCGCCCGGUGCUGGACUACAACCGAGUCCACUUUCACCCCAAAGCGCGUACAGUCAGAGUGGCCUCAAUUCACCUCAUAAAUCAGCGAGUCCUCAUUACGAACCAGCCUUUUUACCGAGAUUACAGCAAAGCCCCGCUGCCCUUAGUCCACCGUCGCCACCUGUCUCCGCGGCAACCAGUUUCGCGCCUUCGCAUCAUUCACCGCCUACUCUUUCGGUACCGGCCUCCUCGCCACCACCGCUCCAAACUCAGCUUCAGCAACAGCAACAACAGCAACAACAACAACAGCAGCAGCAGCAACAGCAGUCACAGAUACAACAACAAACGAUAUCGCACACGCAACAGCACGUUCAGCACACAUCGGUUGUUAUGAAGACAGUUUCGUCCGCGGGCAACGGUGCCGGUGAGGUCGAGGAAAUCAACACUAAGGAAUUGGCACAGAGGAUUAGCGCCGAGCUCAAGAGAUACAGUAUACCGCAGGCCAUAUUCGCCCAAAGAGUUUUGUGUCGGAGUCAGGGUACCCUCAGCGAUUUACUUCGUAAUCCUAAACCAUGGUCCAAACUCAAGAGCGGACGCGAAACAUUUCGUAGAAUGUGGAAGUGGCUGCAGGAGCCUGAGUUUCAGAGAAUGUCAGCGUUGCGAAUAGCAGCUGCACAGAUUCCACAACGAGGAACAUGCAAGAGGAAAGACGAGAUGGCGAAUCAGGCAGAACACCAACAGCCCGCGCCCAAGAAACCACGACUGGUUUUCACAGACCUUCAGCGCCGUACUCUACAGGCUAUUUUUAAAGAGACGAAGAGGCCGUCGAAAGAGAUGCAGGUGACAAUCGCUAGACAGUUGGGCCUGGAGCCGACGACAGUGGGUAACUUCUUCAUGAACGCACGACGACGCUCAAUGGACAAGUGGAAGGACGAAGAUCCGAAGAAUCAGUCGGUCGACGAGGGACAAUUAUCCCCAAGUUUGGGUAUAAGUCCGCGCCAACCAACCGAAGUUUUGUGACAUACGUCCGACCACGAGGAAUAUCAUGACGAGUCACCGGACGAGGAUUUACCAUUCUCGUAAAAAAGCGACAAAAGCGUAUAUUCUUUCGUGGAACAACGGAGAAAACAACUCGUUCGAGUAACAUUGAGCACGGUUUAUUGCCAAUUUGCUUAUUAUUUUCACGAAACUUUGAGCUGACAGCAAGAGCCGCACCAAUCACAAGUCGCGAGGCCUUAGAAUCCAGAUUUUUUACACGUUUAGCAAAAAAUAAGAACAACAACAACAAAGCUGUAGCGAAAGAAAGAUGAAAAAGACGGGAAAAAAGAAAUUGCAAUAAUGAGCCUCCUUCCACGUGCUGUGAGCCGUUGUUCGUAGAAAAAAAAAAUAUAUAUACACGAGCACAGCAAACGAAGAAAAGAAUAAUCUGAAAAGAAAAAAAUCAAUGUUCUCGAAAGCUGCCACAAGGGUUGCUCAGCACACCGCCAAAAAUCCGAGCAAACAACUUAAAUUCUCGAUCAGUCUGACGUUUUAAUGUAGUGCCAUAAUUUGCCAUAGUAGGCGAUAAGAUUCUCAUCUUAAUUUAUACUUUUCUUAGCUCUCAUCGACAAAGACGAAUAGUUUCGUGUCACUGUGUCGUGUUCUAGUCCCCACUUAAUAAUCUGUCGUAGUUCUGUCACAAGAUCUGUGACGCGAUCUAGUCAAAAUUUUGGUUUUUAAAACGAAGAGAUAAGCCCAGCAUUCGUUGCAAAUUUUCAAUUCGCAGAAUCGCCUUUUUCCUUCAGCUUGUUCGUGGAGGAGGAAAAAUAUGUUGAUUCGAGGGAAAGAAGUUGAAGCGAAUUGAAAAUUUGCCGUUGUUCAGCUCGCAAUCGCGAUGAAGUUUUAUUUUUUAUCAUUUUUAUUGCACAUUUAAUUGUUUUCUUUUUUAGAGAUUAAUCUAAGUUCCUCAUAAGUUUAGAUUUGACGGUUGAAAGUUUUUAAUUAAUCUGUAUAUUCGAUAUUUUUGAACUUGUUGUAAGCGUUCACGUGAAUCGAGAAUACAGUUGAGAGCUUUGGGGAUGUUUGCUCACGCAACGACGAGUGGCGGCUGAGCGUAGCGAAACGAAAGCAAUAUUAGACUCGUCAAUUCCUCGUUGGUCACCCAACACACAGUGAAUAAUAAUAAAUUAUAACAAAGAAGAAUAAUAAGAUGAAGAAAUGAAAAAACAAAACAAAACGAUUAAAUAAAAAUAGAGACCGAGAAAAUACGUGAAGGAAAACGUAAUACGUGCGAUUGCGGUGCUACACGGACGUCGCACGUGUAACCAAGUGAUAUAAAAAAAUAAAUAUAAUAAUGAUUAUUAUUAUUGCUAUAAAGGAAAUAAUAAAGAAAUACUAAUUUAUCAAUGUGGACGCUGCUAAAGUGCCGAGAGAUGAUUUUUGACAGCUCGCGAGUGUACGACGUUGCGCGCGUCGAGUGUGAGACACUGUGUGUAUUUUUGUUUUUUUUUUUCACCAUUUUCCCUUCGUGGGAUUUACUUAGCGUCUCGACCGGUGCCAUGCUCUGCUUAAUGUACAUAUUGAACAAACUUUUAUUACGAAAACAACAAGAUAGAAAAAAACAUUACAAAAUAAUUUGAAAAUGAAACACUCUACGGAUUGGAAAUCAGAGAAGGAUACGACGUUCUCUGUUGUAGCUUUCCUCGGUAUAAUCAUCAUGAAAAACUGAACGAAAUCAUUCCCAAAAGGAACGCUUCGAUUGGUCAGAAUUUAAAAAAUCAUUCUUGCGGGAUCGUAUUAUCUUUUUACUUGAUUAGUCACGUCAACUGACAUCUUCGUUAUUUUUAUUCGCAAAAUAGUUUGCCACAUAUUGAAAUUUUAAGCAUACGAAAAGAUUUCGAAGCAAUGAAAAUUGGACGUUCGUGUGAAACAGUUAAUGAAAAUUGAUUUGAAAAAAUCUGUCUGCGCUCAAGAUUUGAUGGGGAAAAAUGUAAUUUUAGAAAUCUGGCUUCACGAAUCCAACGAAUCGAAUAAUUUGUCAAAAUUGAAAUAGCAUCAAAUGGGAAAAUCGACGAUUGAAAAAAUCGUAAAAAAUGAUGAAAUGUUGCGAGAAAAAAUGAAUAUUUUCAAUCUCAAGUUUUGAAAUCGUUGAAAAAAUUGAUAAGAAAUCGUAAGAAAAGGGUAGAAUGAAUAAAAAGCGAGAAUGAAGCGUCGUGUCAUUCGCAUUUGUAAAAAUAAAAAGAGGUUGAGUGGUGAGAGGAAGGGGAAAAUUCAUCGUACCAAAACGUGGUCGACGUGACCGACGGAUUAAGAUCAUAUAUAGUACAAAGUAAACAUAUACUAAUUGUAACGUUGGUUUAAUUAAAUAUUAAGAAAAGUGAGGAUGGAAGGAGCUAAAGAAAGAAGAUAAAUGAGAGAUAAAAAAAGGAGCGUUUCGUCAGAAGUUCGGUCGAAGUUAUGGACAGAAAUAAAAACAAGUGCGAUUGAUAAAGAAAAAUUUGUUUUCUCUAUAUGCAGAGAUUGAGGUGAAGGAAAGAAACAAAACGAACCAAAAGAUCCUGUUAAGUGUCUGAGUCAUCGGUAGGAAUUGAGCAAUAAAAUAUAUGUAAAAAGAAGAGACAAAUUGCCCUGCAGUAGCGUCCUGUGCCUCGCGUUGAUUUCUCCUCGUGGUGAUUUCUCGAUUGUAAUAACAAGAACAAGAAGCAGGCAUUGAUCGAUCGUUCACUUUUUCGAAGGCUUUUAUCUACUGUCCCACCGAUAAUUCUUUUUUCUGAUCAAACUCCUGUCACAAAUAUCCUAAAGAAUUCAAGCUCUUUCGUACCCUCAAGACACAUUCUGUCAGUGAUUUGAAAACAAUUUGUAAACUCACCAGCAAACAUUUCGCACAGCAAACGAAGCGUACAGUUCGAUGAAAUUCCCUGAAAUCGACAUCGGACAGUGUCGAGAUAAAAAAAACCUUCAAAAUGUCCACGUAAAAUCAUUACUCGAGCGAAAGAUCAUACGAAAAUGCAAAGACAGAUGAACAGCAGCAGGACGAGUCGAGGGAUGAGAAAGAGAUCAGUUAAAUUCGUCGUCUCUUGUAAUUGUAAAAUAAUUCUGUAAAUACAAUUUAGUUGGGAAGACAAAGUUUUAUUAUUAUUAUCAUCAUCAUCAUUAUUAUUAUUAUUAUUAUUGCGAACAUUAUUGCCAUUAUUGCUAUUAUCGAAUCAUCAUUAUUAUAAUUGCUAUUAUUAUUGUUAGUAUAAAACAAAAAAAUAUAAAUACCAGUCGUUUUUGUUGAUUAACAAAAACAAAAUGAACAAAGCUAUAAGCAGAAAUACCAACAUACACGUUACGCCAGACACUAUAGACAAAAAACAACAAAAUAAGAGAAAUUGUAAAACAUUAUUGACGACAUGGACACACUUAGUUACGCAACGUAAAAUUAAAUGACGAAAAAAUCAUAGUAUAAUAUUAUUUAUAAUGAUAAUAUAUUAAAAUAAAAUGAGUAAUAUAUUAAAUUGAGUAUAUAUAUAUAUAUAUAUAUAUAUAAAUAUAUAAAUAUGGGAAGAAGGUUGACUCGAGAUUUUUCGUGACAAGACUAUAAAACGUCGAGUGACCGAGUUAUCACACAAAACCCACCCAAUCCGGGGGAACAGAAUAAUAAUUUUGACGGCUCUCAGUCGAUAAAGAUAUUAAUUGAUUGAACAAUUAAUUCAUAGUAUUGAUUACGUUCUAAUGAAACGAAAUGAUAAUCUAUUUAUAUAUAUAUUACAGUAGAGUACGAGGGUACUCUGGUUUCAAAGAAAAACAAAUACAUUUUAUUAAAUAAAUGAUUGCAGAUGGGAAUAAACGGUUCAAAGCAUUAUUCAAAGAAAUAGAAGAAAACGCGGUUUUUGCAACACUCAUGCUCGUUUAACAAUUCUUCAUCGUUUCGUUCGACGCUCAUGGGAGGAAUAAAAUUCUUGGAGAAUUCACUGAAGGAAAAAAUCAGUAGAAAGGAACCGGGACACUGAUCAGUUUAGAAAAAACUAGUUUCUAGUGUCGAGUGCAAUUCUCGAUGAAUAUUUUGAACGAAAAAUCAAAUACGUUAUUAGCUCAACUUUUUUCUCUCUGUAUUUGUGGGAAUUGGAACAAAAAAUGAAAAUUUUCAAGCGAAAAUGUAUCGAACAAUCAUCCCUCUCGAUUGAGCGUCGAAUUUUCGAGUUUUUUCAAUUAUUUUGAGCGGAAGUUAGGUCUGUCUGGUGAUUAAACUGCUGCCCCCGAUUAUGCGAGGGUCUGGGAACGUUUUUGGCAACGUUCUUGAGACGUUUACAUUAGUCUGGCUCGAGUUUCGAGGCGUCUCCUCGUUUCGUGUUAUCAAGAAGGAGAAACCAUAUUUUUCUAAAGCUCGUUGAUCUUCGCAGUUACGAAGAAGAUGAAAAAAAAUGAAAAAAUAAAGGAAACAAAAAGAAUCUUCGAUAAUUCACCCCGUCAAUGAAGAGAUACUCGGCUCAUUUAUUGGCAACGUGUAAAUUAAAAUGAAAAGUGAAGAAAAAAAGAGAGAGAACGAAAGAUAACAAGCAAGAAUUUAAAAAAUAAUGAUAAAACAAAACUUACCACAAAUUGUAAAGAUUAAUCGUAUAUUUAUAUUGAGAUACUCGACACAUAUCCAACGGAUUAGGGAUUAAUGACAACGUACAAUACGAUUAUUUUACCUCGAUUACUUCAAAGCGGGAUUGUAUUCCUUCGUUCAACGAUCAAUUACCUUCUUUUUUCUUUCACCUCGAAAAAUUUGAAUUUAUUUAUCGCAAACGAGACUUUAUUCGAUUCGAGCGAGAGAUCGGGCGAGACAAUUGUCACGUGUUGACAAAUAAGUUUUACAUAAAAAAAACGACCGAUUGGGACUGGAACAAUGAAAAAAAACUUCAAAAGAACAGAAUCGCCACGAGAGCUCGAACGUUUAACACAAAUUGUACAUCCGGUUGGUAGUUUCAUUUGGAGCAGAAAAAAAACACUCAGAGACACAGAAAGACACGAACACACACACACACACACACACACACACACACAGAAACACAAUGUUGGAAGAAAGGAGGUAAAAAAAAAUAUAAAACAGUUCGCACGACAAUAAGGUAUCGAAUAGUUGACGAAAGAAGAAAAAAAAGAAGAAAACAUUUUUUAAAAUAAACAAAAACAACGUAAUGUAAAAUACAAAUGCAAAACCAAGUAUACGUUAUUAUAUUUAUUACGAGAACCAUCGUACAGACGCGCAGGACGAUUUAUAUGACGGUGAGAGUUGGUUUGUCACGAGAUAAGGAGAGAAAGAGGCAAAUUUUCGAGGGAAAAUUUGAAACGAUAAACAAAAACAACAACAAAAUGCAACAGAGCAACAGAGUCACUGAAAACAAAAAUCAACUUUCUUUCCUCAUAUCGUCGAACUACCGAGGGGCCCAGUUAAUAACGAGAAACUCUCUCGUCGUGUGUAUUCGAGAAUAUUAUAUGAUGGAGAACACGAGGAAACCGACUCGCUGUAGAUUUAUAAAUAAAAUAAAUAAUUUAAUAUUAGAACGCGACAGUACCAAAGAGAAAAAGAGCGAGAGAGAGAGAGAGAGAGCGAAAUGAAAUAAGGAAAAUGUGAGAACAGGGUGACUGGCCGUUUUAGCGGAAACUACAUGGUAGGUGAAUCGUAUUGGUGGAAAGUUCACGUAAAAUACCAAAGGAUUAAAUUUAAUGGAAGAUGAAGAAGAACCUUAGCGUACUGGAACGAUCCAUCAUACAUUAUUAUUUGUACAUGAAUUAUCUGUCGAUGCGAGAAGAGGAAGAAACCAAGAGAGAAGAGAGAAAAAGGUCGUGGUUAUGAACCCGGAAGUUUGUAAAAUAUUAAUAUUAUUAUUUCUGUACGUAGGCAAAAUUUUUGUACAUGUUGGAAUCGCUCGAGAAACGCUUACGUUUCAUUUUUCCUCUCAAUUUAUUUCCAAAUAUUUCGAAACGUGUAAAUUAACCGAAACAAAUAACGAACGUGUUCCAAGCAUCUCGAAUUUUCAAGUCAAUUUCGAGGGGGAGUCUAAGCGCGAUUAUUGAAACUAUUUUCACAGAAAAAAUUAAGACUUUUAAGAUACAAAUGAAUGGAUAAAUUAAAUAAGAACGUAGCCUCGAGCUGCUUCGUAAUUUCGUUGCAACAACCCCGCGAAACGACUCUCUCCCGAAAUGAUUGUUUUCCUUUCUUCAUGCUUUAUUUACACUUUUUACAAUACGAUUCCAACAUAAAAAUAAUGUGUAACUAUGUAAUAGACACAUUCGAAAAACGAUUCAAGACGUGAACAACUGUAAACUACUGUAAACUACAAUGUUACUUACGUUUUACGAAGAGCUUAUUGUAGUCAAGAAUUAUUAAACACAAUUUAAGUCGUGAAGGUAUAUUUGAGUGUAGCACUACGAAAGAAAACAACAAAAAAAAAUGAAAAAAAAAAAAAAAAAAAUAACAAAAAACAAACAAACAAAUAUCUUACAAAAAAAAUAAUACGAGCAAACAAAAAACCUCUUUACACUUUUGCACGAAACGGUGUGUUGUAAUUGAAACAAAAAAAUUAAUUAUUGAGAACAUGUAAUUAACGUUUUAUUACUUAGCAAUUAAAACUUAAUUUAUUUAUGA